AUGGCGGAUAAUGGUUCAAAUGUGAUUAACAACUACCAACAAUAUGGCUCGUUACCUCAACGACUUUUCCAACCUAAACAUGCUCAUGAAUCACCCUCAAGAAAUGAUACUUCUUCUCCAAGCCAUCCUUCAACACCCUCUCAAACAUCUAAUCUUUCAUAUAAUCUCACUAAUUCUAUUCAUCAUGAUUCAUACAAUUCUACUCAACGCUAUUCUAAUCAAAUAAGCAUUUCAAAAUUCCAAAAAACACAAGAUCAUUUACAUUCUACAAAUGGUUUAAGCAAUCAACAUUCUUUUUCAUCAAGAAAUUCUACUAAUGUUAAUAAUAACAAUACAUCUCUUACUUUUGACGCAUCAACCGCAAGCAGUCCGCAUUGGCAACAACAAUUAUCUUAUGCAAAAAUAUCUAGACAGUCAAGUUCUCCCCACCAUCAUGCAAGAACCGCAGCAGCAACUACUCAUACAGUAUCUUCAAAUUCAACAGCAAUUGCGGAUCCAAAUAAUUCUACUAAAGUGUCCAUAGAUGGAAUGCAUAGAAAAGACGGACCACCUGUAGAAAAACAGGAUGUCCAAAGGAAUAAUGAAGGGAAAAUAAAAAGACAAGAUUGGACUAAUUUAGAUAUGGGUGGUAUGGGAUUGCGUAACAUUAGUCGGGAAUUAUUUCGAUAUACUUUUUUAACAUCUCUUUAUAUUAAUCACAAUAAAUUACUGCGACUUCCUCCUGAUAUUGGACGUCUUAGACUUCUCACUCAACUAGAUGUUUCUGGAAAUAAUUUAACUAGUUUACCUUCAGAAAUUGGAAUGCUUACAAACCUCAAAGAACUUUUGUUUUUUGAUAACCAAAUAACUAAUAUACCGCCAGAAUUUGGCACACUAUAUCAGCUAGAAACUCUUGGAUUAGAGGGCAAUCCACUACCAGACGCUUUUAAAAGUUUAUUAGCAAAAGAUGGUACUAAGUCUUUAAUUUAUUAUUUAAGAGAUAGUUGUCCAGUGCCCCUCCCACCUCCAGAAAGAGAAUGGGUUACAUUUCCUGGAAAAAAAUCAGAAAAUUCCUCUACAGAAAAUGAAACUUUUACUGUAUUCAACUAUAAUAUUUUAUGUGAUAGGUGUGCAACUGUUAUGAUGUAUGGCUAUACGCCAUCGUGGGCAUUAUCAUGGGAUUAUCGCAAAGAACUUAUAUUACAUGAAGUAUUAUCAUAUAAUGCAGAUAUAGAAGUAGAUGUUGACAAUUUUGAAGAAUAUUUUUCUCCUAAACUCUCUAUUAAGGGCUAUAAAGGAUUGUUUUGGCCUAAAUCUCGUGCAAGAACUAUGAACGAAGCUGAACGUAGAGUAGUUGAUGGUUGUGCUACUUUUUUCAAAACAUGCAUUUUUGACCUUUUAGAAAAACAAUUAAUUGAAUUUAAUCAAGCCCCAUUACGUCGUGACGGACAUAAACUUACGCAUGAUAUGUAUAAUCGUGUUAUGACAAAAGAUAAUAUAUGUAUUGUAUCAUUGCUUGAACACCGAAAAGCUGGAUAUCGCCUAAUAAUUGCAAAUACACAUUUUUAUUGGGAUCCGAAAUUUAGAGAUGUUAAAGUUAUACAAGCAACAAUGCUUAUGGAUGAACUUACAGAAAUGGCUGAAAAUUAUGCAAAAAUACCUAUUCGUAAGAAACCAUCCAAAAUGUUAGACGACGCUUUUGAUUUUGAAUGGAAUGAAGACCGUCCUGCAUAUUCUUCUGGAACUAAAAUACCGUUAAUUAUAUGCGGAGAUUUUAAUUCAAUUCCAGGUAGUGGAGUAUACGAUUUCCUUUCUAGAGGCCAUAUUCUUGAAAACCAUAGCGAUUUCAUGGAUAGCAAAUACGGUACAUAUACAACAGAUGGAAGAUCACAUUCUUUUCAACUAAAAAGUUCCUAUAAUAUCAUAGGGGAACUUCCAUUUACAAACUAUACUCCUGGAUUUUCCGGAGUAAUAGACUAUAUUUGGCAUACAACAAACUCUCUUGAAGUUACAGGACUUCUUCAAGAAGUGGAUAAACAGUAUUUAAAUGGAGUGGUUGGAUUCCCAAAUGCCCAUUUUCCAAGCGAUCAUAUUUCAAUUCUUGCAGAAUUUAAAGUAAAAAAAGAAAAAAAUCAACCACCGCCUCCAGAUUUUGGGUCUCGAAACUAA